CAACUCACUGCAAUGAGAUAUGGUUCAGUACCUGUUGUUCGGAAAACUGGAGGACUUUAUGAUACUGUGUUCGACGUGGAUCACGACAAAGAGAGGGCAAAAGACCAAGGCCUUGAACCAAAUGGAUUCAAUUUCGAUGGAGCUGAUUCUGCUGGUGUUGAUUAUGCUCUCAACAGAGCGAUUACUUCAUGGUACGAUGAACGAGAGUGGUUCAACUUGUUGUGCAAACGGGUGAUGGAGCAAGACUGGUCUUGGAACAGGCCUGCUCUCGACUACUUGGAGCUUUACUAUGCUGCGCGCAAGUAUUAAUUUAAUGAAAACCGCCUAUAAUGAUUUGGAUAGAG